AUGUCGGCGGAUGGCGAUUCUUCAAAGAAACCGGCCGCGGAGACGUCUGGAAACAACACCGAAUUUGAUACACCGUCGUCGGUAUCUCUCAAAUCGGCAGUCGCUAGACUGCACGUCCUACAAUCUCCGGGUCCCGAUUCGAAUUUCCUCGAUUGGGAACUCGUAAUCACAUCCUACUUUGACUCAGUCGGCAUUGACUAUGUCAUAGAAAAACCUCUCCCUGAACGUCCGUCGGCGGCGUGGACGGCCGACAAUAAAACCGUUUGCGCUAUCCUCACGCAAACGAUCGACUCUUCCAAUCUGAUCGCUAUUCGUCCAUACAAGCGCAACACGUAUGGGAUGUGGGGAGCGAUCGUCCGCGCUCAUCAGGAUUCGUCGACUGGCGGACGCGUUUACUGGCUCCGCAAGCUACUCCUAACCAAAAUGGAUGGGGAUGAUGUUCUAUCUCACAUCAACACUAUGGCAAAAGCGUACGACCGGCUUAACUCUCUCGUCACCACCGAAAAACCCCUCACCGUCGCCGAUGUCCAUUCAGCCGCACUGCUCAGUUCUAUCCCCGAUGACUGGAUGGGAUGUGUAUCUCACCUCAUGAACCAAGAGGGUGUGAGCACUGAAUCAAUUGUCUUGGCUCUUAAAAAUGAGCAUACCCGCCGUCACUCCCAAAACGAGGUUGCUGUAUCGGUUUCCUCCACCAAGACUAAACCACAAACCGGUAAGCGGCCCGGAGAUUGUAACAAGAAGCGCCAUUGCGAUUUCUGUAACACGGAUGGUCACGACCUCAAUAACUGCAACAACACUAGGCGUAUUCUUGACGAACACAAAGCCUCCCAGAAAAGCCGAACUGAAUCUAAAGACCAGGAUCGACGCCAGACCCAGUCCGGUAAACCAACGGCUCGAGCUGGUCGCACCUCUGCCGUCACUCUUGGCGGAUCGUCUCACAAGUACAAUGACGAUGAGGAGUCCGACUACUCAUGUUGA